CCGAAUCACUUUUCUUGUGGUUAAUAUUUCAUGACGUUAAUUAGCGAUAAUGGGUCAUAUUUCACGUCGAGUUCAACCUUAUACGUACGCUGGUGUUUUAACAAAAUUUUCAGAGUUCUUUAUCAUCGGUGCUAACUACUAAUGAGUGAAUUGGUGUUUUUCAACAACGUCGAUGAUGACGUUAUGUAGAUGGAUUAUUUGCUAUUGUAACGUUGUUUCUUUGAAGCGUAUAAUCGAAACAAAUUCGCAUGUGUUUUUUCUCUCUCUCUUUCGUAGAAAAACGUGAAUGAAACGUUGAUUUGAAAUUUUUCGAAUUUUUCAUUCUUUCGCGCCGAAUGGUAUUUUUUUUAACGAUGUAGUUGUCGUGUGUUGUACGAUUUUUUUUCUUUAUCGAUGUAUAAAUGUGAGGAAAUGUUUCGGUGUUUUGACGACUACGACGAGUAUGAUUAUUUGGACGCUAAAAACAGUCCUUUGGCUUUACUGGCCCAGACAUGCAGUCAAAUCGGCGCAGAUUCUUCCAACGCCAAACCUCUUUUAUCUUCUUUGGAUCGAGCCAAGAAAACGUCGAUCAGUUCGAACUCAUCGGAACGCAGUCCUUCGGUCAACGGUUCGACCAAAUUACCCUCCAGCGAACGUAAAUCACCCGAGAGUAAAUUAGCCUUUAAACCAUACGAGAUGAAUGUACUGACCCGUAAAAGUGAAUCGACCAGACCACCUUCCAAUCAUACAGAAUCGAACGACGAACGUAAAUCCAUUAGUAGAGCAUCGAGUCGUAAAUCAGCUUCAGCUUCGCCGAAUCAGAUCGCUACCCCGAAUGAAAAAUCAUCAUCUCCUGCCUCUUCGGCUACAGGAGCAGGCGAAAAACCACAUACACCAGUCAGCUCUGCAGAUUCGAUCAGUAUGGCUAAAGCUAGCGACUUGUAUGCCAGCUUGAAAGAUACAGCUUCUUCAUUCAAACCUCCAUUCUCGCUCGGUCAAUUGGGUAGUUUCGCUGCUGCAAGCUGCAAUGGAUGUCCGACCUUACCCCUUGAUCCGACCAAUCCAGCUUUUAGAAGUAUGUUCGCCAACGGAGCCCAUCUACCACAUCCUUCUCUUCUCGAUGCAGCUUGUUUCCAGUCAUCUUCACCUAAUCCAUACGUCAGCUAUACCAGAGUAAAAACACCUACCGGAUCCGAAGCUCUAGUACCAGUCUGCAAAGAUCCGUAUUGUUUCAGUUGUCGAUUCACCUUACACGGAGCCAUGGGCCCUUGUCCUCCAGGCUGCGUCCAAUGCGAUCCAAAAUACAGCACUGCGGCCGCCGCAGCCAUGCUCAUGUCAUCUCAUCCUUUCUCAUCGUACCAAUAUGGAAGACCUUACGUGUGCAACUGGGCCUCAGGAGACUCCUACUGUGGUAAACGAUUCCGUAACUCUGACGAACUCCUGCAGCAUCUCAGAACUCAUACCAAUUCCAGCGACCCGAUCGCCUUAAUGAAUCAUCUGAGAUACCCAACCGGUGCUGUGAACCCAUUGGCCGCUGCUGCAGCCGCAUCUCGUUAUCAUCCGUAUUCGAAACCAGGCCUUCCAGCUUCUCUGGCCGCAUCACCAUUCAGCGCUUUCAAUCCGACCCUCAGUCCUUAUUAUCCACCUUAUUCGUUAUACGACCAACGUAUCGGAGCCGCAGUUAAUCCGUAAUCUAUUCGAGAAUAUCAUUCGUCGAUAUUUUUUACCGUCUUUACUGUGAUCAGAUUUAUUAUUUAUUGGUUAAGUUUUUUUUUUCUCCUCUUUUUUUUUGUAUAUAAAAAACCAAGAUUGCCAUUUUUAAAAAUUUUGAAAAAAAACGACGCGUUCUCGAAUGCAUUUUCAUAUCCCUUCUCCCAUUUUUGAACAUCAUUUUUGACCAUUUUUUUCUCUUUUUGGACGAGGGGCUACGUAUCUAGUCACAAAGCCAUCAUCCACGUGCCACACAUUUUCCAACCAAGACAACAAUUACUUGUACGAUGGUGGCGAUAUAUGUAAUGAAAAAAAUGAUUCACACCUAAUACGACAAUUUUCUAAGGAAUUGAGCGCAGCAACAAGUGUUUGAAAAAUAAUCCAUCAUGUCCCCUUAUUCCUCCCCAGCUGCUGCGCAGCCACAGUCGUCACUCGUCGAUCGAGCGGAUCGUGUCGUAUAGCAUUUAGUGAUUUGCGUUUUUUCACAUCGUAAACAAAGACUGCAAUGAAAAUUUAUGAUACCUACGUUGUGUUUAUGCCUUAUGAUGUUACGAAGGAAAUCUUUCAUUUGCCAUAUAUUGUUUGCCAAUAAGUAUACAAUACAGACUAAAAUGUGUAUACUUAAGCCAGCUGUGUUUCCUGCACACUGCGUUUCGUCGCGUAAAUCGUAAUGUUCCCAAUAUUGUUUCGAAAAUCCAGUCGUAGGUACUCGUAAAGUACUAGUAAAAACAGUGAUAAUAGUUCAUCGUGACAAUAACGUAAAAAAUUACCUACCUUUUUGCGCUUAUGGGCGACAUUUUACCUACUUUGGUUCUAAAUUAUCGGUCUUUUUUUUUAUCAUUUAGCUAAAACGAUACAACAUGCAACUUGGUACCUAGGUACCUACCUUAUAUAACCACGUUAUCGUGGUUUGGGGAAAAAAAAAUUGAAAAAUACGAAUAUUAUGUUGCGAUUCGUACGUACGUUAGUAGAAAGGUACCUAUCUACUAAUUCGACUACAUAUAUAAGGUCGCAUUUUUUGUGCAAUUAUACAUUCACACGCGGUAUAAAAUAAUUUUCAGUUUCGUUUUAAAGUGUUUUUUACUAUCGAGUUGUAAAAUCUCUGUACAUAGCUAGGUAUUUUUCGUUGUUGUUGCUUUAUUAUUGAAUUUUCAUUUUCCUUCGUAUAUGUAUUUUGUAUAUAUAUAUGGAUUUGCAGUUAUAUUACAUAAGUUAUUUACUUGUAUGUAUUUUGAUUUACCUUUGUCUUGUUAUUAUAUGAGAAUAAAUGUUUAUUAAUUUAAA